AUGGAGACAGAAGUGCAGUCGAUCCAGAUUGUAGCGCAAUUCAAAUAUUUGAGGCCGGGGCAACAUGCUUAUGAUCAUUAUGAACUCUUACUAUUGUUUAGCUAUCUGGGCUACUUCAGAGUAACCACAUUCAUUGACGUUAGUAUGUUUUGGACCAAUAUAAUGUGGGUCUAUUGUCUACAAUGGCAUCUAUGCUGCCGACUGGGAUUCAUGAAAUUUUGGAUGUGGUUGGCAUUAUUAUCUGCGAUCGCAGUUGUGGUGAUGAUUGCCCCCAUGAGUUAUGCCAUGAACGAAAUGGAUCUGAGCUGGUGUCGAUUUAUGCCAAAUUCUACGCUAGCGAAAUACCAACCGCAGUGGAGGAGAUGA